CCCUCAUCAUCCCACUAUUAAUAUGCCCUCCAUCUCCAUUAUUCGUACUAAAACUUGAACCUUUUCUUUCCCUUUCUCUCUUUGUUUGAUCUCCACGCGUCAGCAUGGUACAAUCAAAGAAGUUCAGAGGAGUAAGGCAGCGCCAGUGGGGCUCUUGGGUGUCAGAAAUUCGCCAUCCUCUGCUAAAGAGAAGGGUGUGGCUGGGGACAUUUGAGACGGCAGAGGCAGCAGCGAGGGCAUAUGAUCAAGCAGCCAUUUUGAUGAAUGGUAGAAAUGCAAAGACAAAUUUCCCAGCUCCAUUGAAUGAAGCUGAAGAUGGAGGAGGGUCUUUCUUGUCUCCCAAGGCUCUCUCAGAGCUGUUAUCCACAAAGCUUAAGAAAUGCUGCAAGGACCCAUCUCCUUCCCUCACUUGUCUCAGGCUUGAUUCUGAUAAUUCUCACAUUGGUGUGUGGCAAAAGAGACCAGGACCUCGCUCGGAUUCCAAUUGGGUCGUCAGGGUAGAGCUUGGCAAGAAACAAGCACAGCAAGGUGAUGAUAAAACUGCUGCAGACGCCAUUAGCAGUGAAGCUGCAAGCGAGUUGGAAGAUGAAGAGGCAAUGCAGAUGAUUGAUGAGCUUCUUAAUUGGAACUAUCCGUGUGAUUCCUCCAGUAGCCCUUAACAGCAAAAAGAUAACCUUACCGUCUCAGAAUUCUUGAAUUAGAAUGCCCAGUUUCUGCUUUCUUUUGUUAAUUUACUCUAGUCUUCUUUGGAAGAAAAAAAAGAUGACAGUGAGACUUUUAAUGGCAGUUCUGAUAUAGUCUAGUAAAGUACAACAUGAAUGAGUCUUGGAUAUGUAGGGCUAUCUAUCUGGAAGAUACUGUAGAUUAUGGACAAAGUGCUUGGAAUAACACGAGCCUCAGGCACUAUUUUCUG